AUGAAUGGCGGCAGUUUCUUGGCAGCAGCUCUGGAGCGUCUUCUAGUCGGAUGUGACUCACCUUAUACGUUUGAUGAAGUAUUGGAGGGAGUAAGAGAGAAAGAGUUUCAGCAAGUGACUGAUCAAGAUGUUCAUGUCGCUCUAGAGAGUCUCAUAAAGGAAGAAAAAAUCAAAUGCCAGAUAUUUGAAACUGUUCCGCUGACUCUCUACUUUGACCCAAACUCGGUCGUUGAAGUGACUGUUGAUAUCAAACAGCCUGUUGAGCUACCUAAAGCUGUCACUCCGACAUCUUCCAGUAGAGGGGGAAUACGACGCUUUCCGAUGAGACCUGGCUCUAUGAGUCAUCGAUUGAGGAUGCCGUUUCAGAGUCCAGCAAGAAAGGAAGGUGUGGUGGGUGGAGUGCACAAGUUGUUUCGAAAUGUUCAAGGUGAUGUUGAUCAGUUGCGGAAGAAGAAUGAGGAAUUGGAUGCUGAGAUUUUGUGUCUUAGCACAGAAUAUAGUGAAGACGAGCUGAAGGAGCAUAUUGACAUGUUACAUAAGUACAAUGAGAUUAAAGACACUGGACAAAUGUUGCUGGGCAAACUCGCCGAGCUAAAAGGCACGACAACCAAAUCCAUGUACGACGAGUUCUCAUUAUCAUUCAACGACUGACACUCAAUCACUUCACACACAUGGAUCCCAACCACAUCAAAUCUCUAAACACGUUUGAGUUGAUCCAUACGAUGU